AUGAUAACAUUUGAAAAUAAUAUGAUGAGACUCUGCUAACUCAAAGCCGAAGCCCAAGAAUUAAUCGAAAUAUAAGCUCAAUGUUGUCAUUUCUUAUUACUCUAGAAAAGUUUAAUUAAUUGGAUGCCAACUCCUUAACACAAAUUAACCAAUAUCGCUAGGAAAUUGAUGCUCUAAAACAACAAUCAGUUGAAUUGCAAGAUCAUUACGAAAAACAAUCUCUCAUAUUUCAAUAGAAGAUCAACUCUUUAACAGAAGAAAUCAAACUUUUGA